GGCGCCUCAUUAACGGGCCAAGUUCAAGUGGAUGUUUCAUGUUUUAUGUUUGCGCGAAAAACGUGCAGGUGUGUGUUACAGUGCAUCCCGUAAUUCCUGAAAAUCCUUGCAGAGACCAUCCCGACUUGGAUUAAUUCCCCAAAAAUCAUGUAAUAAUAAUAUCAAGUGCGAAAUAAUUCCAUCAAAAGCUCCAAGCGACGGGUUAAUAAUCCCCAAGUCCCCGCGAACAUGUCGGAAAUGAAUCUCUCAGUGUUUACAAAUGAAGGGGUAUCAUGCAGUGGUGCUGAUCUCCUGCAACAGGCAUUCCAGGACGUGGUUGAUGACGAGGAACGUGAUAACGAGAUCGUGGCAUUUUUUAAAGACGAUGGGGGCCAGCACCAGACGAUUCGUCUGACCCAAGAGCAAGCCGCCGCUUUGGGGUUAACUUUCGAGGUUGACUCGUUCAACGAUUGCACGAAUAACGAGGUGAAACAUCCUCAGGAGGAGGAGGGGAACAUUCUGAAUGGCAUCGAGAGGAACAAGUAUGAAGAGGUACUGGAGGAAUCACCGAUGGAAAAUGUAGAUUUCCAGGUGGGUGCCGAGUGGAUUCAGGACACUGAAGAGCUUGAUGGUGACACCCCUGGGGAUAUUUUGGAAGACAACUAUUCCCAUGAGAUUCCAGAGGUCCAGGAGAGUGUCCAGAGCAGGUCCAUGAGGGCAUUUGUCCUUCAGAAUCUCCAGCACCUCAAGAUGUUGAAUAAAAAACUCAUUCAGGAGGAUCAGGAGACAUUUGUGCAACGUGCACCGGUGGUUCCCCAGUCCCAAUUUGUCAUAAAACCCAAUCAAACUGUCCUUAAGCCUGCCAAGAACGCCAGAUUACCAUCAGCCUCGAAUAAACUGAACGUUUCGAAUGCCUCUGCAGUGGUGAAUUCCAUCCAGACCCCGAUGAUUACAAACUCUGUCCAGAAAUUAAUAAAUGGUGCGCCCAAAAAUGGAACAAUCAAUCAACUAAUGAAUGGCAACUCUGUUACUGUGUGUAAUGGAGUCAAUGGACAGGUUCGACUGUCAUCACUCGUCAAAACUGGACAGAUUACCCAGAGGUCUCAAUUUUAUGCCUCAACUCCAAGGACCCUUGAACCAGUGAGGAGUGUCACGACUCAAGUGGUCAAUGGGAAGCCUGGAGCCCUCCUCAAAUCCGUUCCAGUGGUCACUCAGGUCAUGAGGACGUCUGUCCCUGCUGCUAACAUUCCCUCGAAUCCCCAGGUGAUGUUCAAGACAACAACAACACGAGUAAAGCCUCAGGAGUUGAGGACAAUGGCUACUGGAGCUAUCCGGCCUCAGAAUCAAUUGUCGAUUCUGAAGCCUCAGAAGGUGCUGAUGCCGAAUGGAAAUAAGCAGAAUGGGGUUGUCCAGACGACGAAGAUGGUUAACAAGAUAUCGAUUGCACCACAGAGGCCUAGUAUUGAGAGACGAACAGUACAAAAUCUUGUAGUACCACCUCUGAUACCUUCGAUUGCUCCUGAGGAGAAAUCUGGGAACCCUGAAAAUCCUAUUCAGAUUGUACAGCAGGGCCACACAUUUCACAGCAAUCAGAAACUCACACAGACCCAGCUCAAGCAGAUUGCUCAGGUUCUUCAGCAGAGAGGACAGCAGGAGUCUUCAACGAAUAAGGAAAAAGUUGUCUACAGGGUUGUUUUCCCAGAGGAGUUGGACCUCAGGAUCAGGAAUCCUAGCAAUUUGAUGAAGGGAGGUAGAGGUAAGCGUGGAAGACCGAAGAAGGCACCGGGCAGACAUGUGGCUGCUGUGAAAGUUGGAUUGACUGAUGAGGAAAACGAUGAAGCGAAGGAGGAUCGGAAAAAGGUAGUAGCCCGUACAAGGUCAGGUCGCCUAUCUCGUCCCCCUCGUCACAUGGUGCGUGACUACAAACAUCUCCACCCAGUGGACUUCAUGCAGCCAGACCUGGACGAUUCAGACGGUGGGUACAGUGAUUACAACACAAACACAAUAAACACAAAGCUAGAGGGUGAGGAGACGAAGGAAUUGCUGACAGGUUUGGAGCUUCCAAAGCGCAAGAUUUCCACCCACUUUCGUUGCUCAACCUGCAACAAGAUGUACCUGGGUCGUGCACGACUGGCAAAGCACUUCGAGCUGUUUCCAGAUCAUGGGAGUAUCGAAUUCCUGCCUUCAUCAACAUUAACGUCGAAUGGCUGUCCUGAGGAGCUGAAGAAGUCCGCACCCCUGACAGUGGACUCUUUCAAACGAAAGGGAAAAAAGAGAGGGCCCUGGGCCUACGUCACCCCGGAAGCUAAAUCAGAGAGACGACAGGCGAAGCUCAGGGAAGCACUUUCAGUCUGCGACAGUGGAGAAAUAUCAAAAAUAGCUGCCAAACCAGUUCUCAAUGCUCAAUCUCUGUAUGAUCUCAUGGCUGUCAAAUCAGACAACAAUGUCAAGGUAUUCUUGACCGAGUUGAAAGUAUUCAUGGAGAAGAUUCGAGAACAGGCAGGACUCAUGUUAUCUCCAAUGAUGACUAAAGGGAAAGAUCAGAAUCUGAUUGAACUGAGGGAUGAACUCCUGUGUGACGCCCUAGGACUCGUCCCUGGGGUCUACAGUGUCAACGACGAAGUCUUCAAGAAGCCAGAGCCCUAUCACGAUGCCACAAUAUCUGAGGAACCUCCCCUGAAGCUCCAGAAGCUGCGGAAUGACGAGGGAAAGGAGAAUAUCGAGGAGAGACUGUCCAGUGGAUUCUCUGAAAGCUCAGACCUCAGUGUAUCCGAUUUCUUAGCUGAACGAAAGCAGGAUCCCAACUGCCCCGAGGUCCUCACAGCUCUCACUCUGAUGCCGAGGAAUUCCAGUCCUUCGGGGGAGGGAAAUAAACAUGUCUCCAAACUCCUCAUCUCCAGUCCUCAGAUACAGAGAGAGAUGUCUGAUAACCCGGGAUUCCAGAAGGUGGACUUCAAUGGCUCCAAGAGCCCAACGUUCAAGAAAAUCGAGGGAACUAAUGGGCUUGACCUUUUUGCGCAGAAAGUGGAGAAUUCCAGUCAAGGAUUUAUCAAACUUGAGCCUAUUCAACAGAAUUUUAUCAAGCUGGGGAACACUGUCAGUACUUACAACGAAGAAAAGCACUUGAACAAGAUGGAAAAUGGUUUCCAUAGCAUGGAUGGUAACCAGGGAUUGACCAAUGGAUUCCAGAAGAUUAUUUGUGAGAAGCCUGAUGAGUUGAAUGGGGUUAAGUCCAAUUGCAAAAUCCCGGAGGAUCUGCCAAUCCUCCAGGACACUGUUCCUAUAAUUACUGCUAAUUGUGAUGGCAGUCUUUUUGGGGGCUCUGAUAAUCUCGAUCCCAUCGGGCACUUGGAUUACACUGUUAUGGAUAAACAUCUGAUGAUGGAUGAGAAAUUGGUCGAGCAAUUGCAUCUAGUGGAUCAAUCGAACCUAGUGGACGAGUUGGUCUCUGAACGACUGAAGAAUAUCAUACCAGACAAUAUUUUGGAAAAUAAUUUGAUGCCAAAUACUACGAAUUUAGACACUGAACUUGAUUUUGAGGCGCUCAGUGAGGAGUUCAACCGAAAUACCACGAGUUGAUUCAAUGGAUUUUUCAUUGAGCUCGCACAUUCGUUGAAGAUAAUGAUUAUUAAGUGAUACCAAAUGAAUAUUGCUUAAGGAAUAGCACAAGAACAGUUGAUGUAGUUGUAAAUAACGUUAGCUGUUCGCCAGAGCAAUGGGGAUAUCUCUGGAGUCUUCAUCGACGGCAAUUAUUAAGGGUGAUAUGUUUAUUUUUAGGGGAGCUUUGACUUGCUACUUUUUAAUACACUUUUCUCCACGAAAAAUGACUGGGAAAGAAUGAAAACUAGUCUUCGCAGUGUGCUGACAGGUUGAAAAGAACCUCAUGCUAUUUUUUUUCCUUUCGAUCUCGUAGUUUAUUUUUUUUGUUCAUUGAUUUUCACUGAAAAAUGCAAUGAUUGAGAUACUUAAUCGGUGAAAAUUAGUCCGGGGGCGGAGUUCUGUAAAUAAGUGUAUAGAUUUCAGGAGCAAUACUUAAUAACACGUGUGUAUUUCGGAAUAGAAGUGUUGAAACAGCAGCAGAUAUUUUUUUCAUUGAAUAUGGAACUAUCGCGAGAAGAAAUCAAUGCGAAGAAAGUUAUCAGUAAAAAUUUCUUGCGAGAAACUCAAUUUCCGUGGUCAAUAGAGAAUUAUAUCAAGAGGAAAAGAAAGUUUAUCCAUUUUUCCGAGGUUUUAAUGGAGCUAGAGAAAUUAAUGCAACGUCAUUAAGUCAUAAACAGCAUCAGUGAGCUGCUGAACGUCAACUAUAACGAAUAUUAACUUAGUCUAUAGGUGAAUCGAGGCAAUUAAAACCAACAUUCUAUC